UUCGCCGGUUGCUAGGAGAACCCGUGACAACAAAAGGCGCAGGCGGCGGCGGCAGCGCGUUGGAGGGAAAUCCAGGAGUUCUGCGCUGUGCUCGCCGCCGGAGACCGAGGCUUUCUCCUGCUGGAGUCCAGAUCUUAUGUAAAAUGGAUGUUUCUCACACUAGACACUGAAUGUGAAGUAGAGAAUCUGUUUAGUAAAAUCUAAGCUGCCAUGGAAGAAAUACCAGUAAAAGUUGCUGUAAGAAUUAGACCUCUGCUCUGCAAAGAAGUUCUUCAUAAUCAUCAAGUUUGUGUGAGAGUUAUUCCAAACACCCAUCAAAUUAUCAUUGGGAGAGAUAGAGUCUUUACUUUUGAUUUUGUUUUUGGCAAAAAUUCCACUCAAGAUGAAGUUUAUAAUAUGUGCAUAAAGCCACUUGUGUUGUCACUCAUCGAAGGCUAUAAUGCAACUGUUUUUGCCUAUGGACAAACUGGAUCUGGGAAGACAUACACCAUCGGAGGAGGCCAUGUUGCUUCAGUUGUGGAGGAUAAAAAGGGCAUCAUUCCUCGUGCUAUCCAAGAAAUAUUUCAAAACAUCUCUGAAAAUCCGAGCACUGACUUUAAAAUAAAAGUAUCUUAUAUAGAAGUAUACAAGGAAGACCUAAGAGAUCUUCUAGAAUUGGAGACAUCUAUGAAGGAUCUUCACAUCCGAGAAGAUGAAAAAGGAAACACAGUGAUUGUUGGGACCAAGGAAUGCCAGGUGGAGAGUGCAGAUGAAGUGAUGAGCCUGCUGGAGAUGGGGAAUGCGGCCCGGCACACAGGCACCACCCAGAUGAACGAACACUCCAGUAGAUCACAUGCAAUUUUUACAAUCAGCAUUUGUCAAGUUGUAAAAAGUACAGAGGUAGCUGAAGACGGAUCCUGGUGUUCCCGUCGACAUAUUGUCUCCAAGUUUCACUUUGUGGAUUUGGCUGGAUCAGAAAGAGUAACGAAAACAGGGAAUACCGGCGAGCGGUUCAAAGAAUCCAUUCAGAUCAACAGUGGGUUGCUGGCUUUAGGAAAUGUAAUAAGUGCUCUCGGGGACCCACGCAGGAAGAGUUCACAUAUCCCAUACAGGGAUGCUAAAAUCACCCGGCUUCUGAAAGAUUCCCUGGGCGGCAGUGCCAAGACAGUCAUGAUCACUUGUGUCAGCCCGUCUUCCUUGGAUUUUGACGAAUCCUUAAACUCUCUCAAAUACGCCAACAGAGCGCGUAACAUCAGAAACAAACCCACCUUAAACUUCAGCCCUGAGUCAGACCGGAUGGAUGAAAUGGAAUUUGAGAUUAAGUUGCUUCGAGAAGCUUUGCAAAGCCAACAGGCUAGUAGUAUCAGCCAAACCAGCCAGAUCCAUCGAGAGGGAACUCCUGAAAAAAACAAGAUCCUUUCUCUUGAGGAGCAAGUAGCUCAGCUCCAAGGAGAAUGCCUGGGUUACCAAAAGUGUAUAGAGGAAGCCUUCACCUUCCUGGUGGAGUUAAAAGAUGCUGUCAGACUAAACCAAAAGCAGCAACAAAAACUGCAGGAGUGGUUUAACAUGACCCAGGAGGUCAGGAAGGCCCUUCUUACCUCAUUCAGAGGGAGCCAAGGCAUUGAAAGCCUGGAAGAAGGACCACAGCAUGUUACAGUUAUCCAGCUGAAGCGAGAGCUGAAGAAAUGCCAGUGUGCUCUGGCUGCUGAUGAAGUAGUGUUCAAUGAGAAGGAACUGGAGGUGAAGGAACUAAAGAAUCAAGUGCAGAUGAUGGUGCAGGAAAACAAAGGACAUGUUCUGUCUUUGAAAGAAGCACAAAAAGUGAAUAGAUUGCAGAAUGAAAAAAUAAUAGAACAACAACUUCUUGUGGAUCAACUGAGUGAAGAACUAACAAAACUUAACCUCUCAAUGACUUCUUCAGCUAAGGAUACUUGUGGAGAUGGGCCAGAUAACAGGAUACCUGAAAAGAGACCAUAUACUGUACCGUUUGAUACUCAUUUGGGGCAUUACAUUUAUAUCCCAGCAAGAUCAGAUACCAGGAAGGUCUACACAAGCCCUUCUGUGUGCUCUCUGGAUCGAGUAGUUGCUGGUUUUCGAACACGAAGUCAGAUGCUCCUGGGCCACAUAGAAGAGCAAGAUGAAGUCCUCCACUGCCAGUUUUCUGAUAACAGUGAUGAUGAAGAGUCAGAAGGCCAAGAGAAAUCUGAAAUUAGAAGAAGUCGCUCAUGGAUUCAAAAGCCAGGCUCUGUUUGUUCUCUUGUUGAAUUGAAUGAUAUGCAUGAUCAAACACAAAAGUCAAGUUUGGGGAAUGAAGAUUCAAAGAUUGAAUGUCUUCGAGAGAGUCAAGAAUUGAAUUUGCAAAAAUUAAGGACUUCAGAACUCAUACUUACUGAAGCCAAACAAAAAAUGAGAGAACUUACAAUUAACAUCAAUAUGAAGGAAGAUCUGAUUAAAGAAUUAAUGAAAACAGGUAAUGAUGCCAAGUCUGUAAGCAAACAAUAUUCUCUGAAAGUAACAAAACUUGCACAUGAAGCAGAACAGGCGAAAGUGGAAUUAAUUGAGACAGAAAAGAAGCUACAGGAACUGGAAAACAAAGAUCUUUCUGAUGUUGCUUUGAAAGUAAAAUUACAGAGGGAGUUCCGUAAAAAGAUGGAUGCUGCAAAGCUGAAAGUCCAGGUCUUACAGAAGAAGCAACAAAAUAGUAAGAAGUUGGCAUCACUUUCGAUCCAAAAUGAGAAAUGUGCCAGUGAACUUGAGCAGAGUGUAGAUCACAUGAAAUAUCAAAAGGUACAGCUGCAAAAAAGACUUCAAGAAGAAAAUGAAAACAGGAAGCAACUGGAUACAGAGAUUAAGCGGGAUCAACAAAAAAUCAAAGAACUAAAGUUAAAAACAGAACUCGAAGAAGGUCUAAAACUGAAAGCCGAGGACCUUGAUGCAUUUAAGAUGAAAAGGAAUAAAGGUUCAUUUGGAAGUAUAGACCAAUUACAGAAAUUGGUUGAACAAAAGAAGUGGUUAGAUGAAGAAGUAGAGAAAGUGCUGAACCAACGCCAAGAAUUAGAGGAGCUGGAAGAAGAGCUAAAGAAACGAGAGGCUAUAGUUUCUAAGAAGGAGGCCCUGUUACAGGAGAAGAGUGACCUGGAAAAUAAGAAGUUGAGAUCCAGUCAGGCCUUAAACACAGAUAGUUUGAAAAUAUCAACUCGCCUGAACUUGUUGGACCACGAGUUGUCUGAAAAGAGUGUACAGCUCCAGAGCAGCACAGCUGAGGAGAAAAGAAAGAUUUCGGAACAAGUUCAAGCCCUCCAGAAAGAAAAAGAUCAGCUACAGAGACGAAGAAACAGUGUGGAUGAGAAACUUAAAAACGGUAGCAUGCUGUCACCUGAAGAAGAACAUGUUCUUUUCCAACUUGAAGAAGAGAUUGAAGCUUUAGAAGCUGCAAUUGAAUACAAGAAUGAAAGUAUCCGAAGUCGCCAGAACUCGCUUAGAGCUUCGUUUCAAAACCUCUCCCAUAGCGAAGCAAAUGUCUUGGAAAAGCUAAUUGGCCUGAAUCCUAUUGAGAUUAGGGCUAUCCUUUUCAGAUAUUUCAAUAAGGUGGUUAAUUUGCGAGAAGCUGAACGGAAACUACAGUUACAGAAUAAAGAAAUUAAAAUGCAGAUUCUGGAACGGGAUAAUAUGGUCCGUGAGUUGGAAUCUGCACUGGAACAUCUGAAAUUGCAGUGUGACCGGAGACUGACCCUCCAGCAAAAGGAACAUGAGCAAAAAAUGCAGUUGCUGUUACAUCAUUUCCAAGAGCAAGAUGGGGAAGGCAUUAUGGAAACUUUAAAAACAUAUGAAGAUAAAAUCCAACAGCUGGAAAAAGACCUUUAUUUCUAUAAGAAAACCAGCAGAGAUCUUAAGAAGAAACUUAAGGAAUUGUUAGGGGAAGCGAUUCGGAGGCGACUAGUACCGUCAGAACAUCAUGAUGCUGGUGAUGGAGUCCUGAACACAGAAGAAGCAGGCAUGGUUUCAGAAGAAUUAAAAUGGGCAUCUAGAACUGAAAGUAUGAAAUUAAAUGGAAGGGAAAGAGAAUUAGACAGUUCGGCAAGCAGCUCGAGAACACAACCCAAUCCUCAGAAGCUCUGGGAAGAUGGCCCAGAAUUACCUCUGAAUUGUAGCUCUUUAGCACCCACUAGUGGGGAUUUGUUAAGCAAUGAGGAUAAAACAGAAAUAGAGGAAAAUCAGUUUCUAAAACCUCACAGUCAACCAUUAUCCCAAAUUCAGUCAAUGGGAAAUGUGAGACAGCUUCAUGGUGUCAUGCCUGUAAAGCUGUGUCGCAAAGAGUUACGUCAAAUUUCUGCCCUGGAACUAUCAUUACGACGGUCCAGUCUUGGGGUCGGGGCUGGAUCUAUGACUGCUGAUUCCAUUGAAGUGGCUAGGAAACCUAGUGACUUAAAAACUUAGUAGUUGCUAAUAGAAAUUUUAAUUUAGUAUAUGUGUAAAAUUCCUUUUUCUAACCUGUUAAAGCUUAAGCUGGCUAGCUCUUCCCUCAAGAAAAAGGAAGAAGAAAAGGAAGGAAUCCCUACUCCUUUUGUGUAAUAUAUAUGCGUAAUCUUCUAUAGUAUAUUUGGGGAGUUUUAAUUUGCUUUUUCAUAAUAACCAAACCCACAUUUUCCAAUACUAUAAAGUAAUUGCACAUUUAAAUAUUUCCACCCAUAAAUUUGUCUAAAAUUCUUUUCCAGGCAUAUUUGAACAAGACUAACAGUAGAAUAAUAAACAAAUACCCAUCAAAUGUAUAUUAUAAUAUAAAUGUAUGUUAUAAUACAAUAAUUAUAUCUUAUAAGUUAUUGUUGUCUUCAAAUACAAGUAUAUUUUUGUUAUUUUAAAAAGAUCCAGUUAAGUAUGGCUGAUGUCAGAGGGAGAGCCACCUGCAUGAGUAUUGGCAUAACUGAAAAUCUUUGGCAAAAUGCAGUCUGUGGGCUAACACAACUAGAGGUUUGUGGAUUAGGAUUAAUUUGUGGUCCUCAGAGCCCACAGAGGUUGAAUGACCAGUCUUGAUUUUUUAAACAUGGUCUCUGUUCUUUUUCUGGAAUUGUUUUUAGAAUGUUAUAUUAUUGUUUGCUAAUAUUAUAGAAUAUAAGUUUUCAUUUCUCUCCUGCCUUGUCUAUUCAGCAUCUCUCUCUGUGCUGCUAAAAAUGAGGAAAAUGGGUGCAGUUCUAUGGAACAAGGAAACAAUAAUAGAACAGCACUAAAGCAUUCUAACAUUUCAAGGAAAAGAUAACCUGAUCACUUGGAGUAUACCUGUAAAGCUUGAAGUCUAGCCAGAGGAUUUUUCUGUAUAAGCGCAAGGAGGCUUUAUACACAGGCCAGGCUACAUCGGGGCUGUAUAUAUGUAAAUGAAAAAUUUUCUUCAAAACCUUUUUGGUCUGAGCCUUAUUAUAUAAUAUAAACUUUGUUUGGAAUUAAGAACUAAACAUUGAUUUGCCCAACAUAAUCCAGUUUGUACUUUUGCACCAUAUUUCUCAAUCACAGAAAACAUCCCCUUAUACCUCUCUUAAUACCAGAGAGGUAUUUUGUUAAAAUUUUUUCACUUAUGUUAUUUUUGUUACUUUCUGAAACUUUCACUUAUAAAAUAAAGUUAUUUCUUAAAUUAAUUGAUAUUUGGGUGGGGCAGUAGCAAAACCACCCUUACUUACGGACCUACUCAAUUAGUCACCCACGUCCUUGAAGACUCCAUUUUUUCUUAUUUGAUGUUGCUACUAGUUUUCCUUUUGUCCUUUUCUCUGUUGCUGUUGACCCUGACAAUCUUUCCUAAGACCCAAACUGUUGGAGUAGGAUCCCUUGGUCCCCCAGCUAAAAACCAGUUGUCCUAUAGAAAAAGAAAACCAAACCAAAACAAACUCCUAAAUUGGUGAAUAGUUUCUGUAUCUCUUAAACAUGGUACUAAAAUUCAUUUAAAUUAUGGGUUAAAUAGACUUCUGUGGACUUACCUGGGGACUGAACCACAGUUUAUAACCUUGGCCCAAUGAGAAACUGCUUCAAACAAUGAAUUUACAAACUACCUUGGAAAUUUUAUUUUUAACAGGGAUAUUUGAAGUCAGAUUCUGGUUUUAACUGAGUUUCCCUUUUUUGCCUUUGGUUUGUAUGAUAUAUAUUUAAUGUAUAUCACACAUAAUGUGAAUAUAAAUGUAUAAUGGCCAAAGGCCAGUGCCUUAACAAAGCACAGCAAUUAUAUAUAUUUAUUAAUAAAUACUUAUUAAUGAAGUUCCCAAUUGUAAAUUCCUUAUAAGAUUAAGUAGUAACUUAGAAAUAAUUCAUUUAAGAAUGUAUUCUAAUGCUGGAAUUCUGCUUGUCCAAGAAAUUGACACAUAUUUGUUUUACCUGUGGAAAUACAAACACAUUUUCUGAAAUGUGUAAAUAUGUUUAUUUUCUGAUAGACAACAAAAUUUAUAUCCAACUAACAAUGAUUAGAUUUGAUAAUGCAAAUGUGAACUGACUUAUAAAUAACAGGUACAGUUUUGUCCUUCCUUCCAGUUAAACAUGUGUCUUUUAUAUGCUAUGAUAGAGUUCAUCUACAUAUACAAAUACACAUAGUAAUAUCCUGAAUAAUAUUUCCUGGAAGUGAAAUUCUUGUCAUUCUAAUUUAGUUAGUGCCCUCACAAAGGAAAAAAAAAUUAAGGGAUCUGCCCAAGGCAAGUAAAAUUAUUUUUUUACAUAUACUACUAAUAAAUUUUACUUUGUAUUUCUUUAAACCAUUGGUCAUUGUGUUUGCCUUUUUCCAUGUAUAUAAAAUGCUUAUCGUUUUCUUUUUUGUUGUUGUUCAUUAUGGGUUUUCCCCCUACCUAUACCAGAGCAUUUGAAAGAAAACGUUUGCAUGUGAAAAGCACUGGUUCCUUCCCUCACUCCAAAGUGUUAUGGGUAAAGUGUUGGAGAAUUCUAUAAGUAUGGGAAACUGGGCAGUAAGAACGUCAGUGCAGGUGCUUUCGUGCUUUAAUGUUUAUUUUCUUUUGCUAAUGAUUUUUGUUUUGCUUUUGUUUUUGGUUCCACAAUUCUUCAUAUCUUCAUGAACUCAGGCUCCAAGGAGUCAACUAAAAUACACAUGGGCUUCAGUAAUGUGAACAUGAUUGGAACAUUGUAUUAGUCCAGGUCAAUAAAGUGAUAAAUCUUUACUUAAGGAUUGGUGUCUUUUAUGAAUAAAUAAAUAAAUAAAUAAAUAAAGGUCUUAUACUAAGUCUUAGAAUGAAUUUCUAAGGAGUCAGAUCCUUCGUGGGAGGGAUUUUAUAGUCACAGAUUCUUAUGCACUGAAUGCAAGUGUGACAUGUUUUGCUCUUAUAGUUACUUCCUCAGGCACAUAUUUGAGACUUUUUAAUAAAACACUGGAUUAUCAAUAUUUAAAUGCUCAAUGUGUACAAUAUCUGUAAGCUCAUGUCCACAAUUCCUCUCUCAACCUCACUGGAAUUUUAAGAAAUAUUCAUUAUAUGUAUUCUGCAUUUAAAGUUAUUACAGGCUGCACCUGCCUUCAUUAGUACCAAUAACUUCUACAUUUAUAUUUUCAAAAGUUGAAAAUAAAGGUGGAAUUGAGAUCCUUCUACACAGUAAGUAUCUCAAAUGCAUUGGGCAUGUUGUAUUUUUGAGCUCAUAUGGGCAGUAGUGUUCAAAGGGUGGAGUGGUGGGAGACUGCCCUAUAGGGAGGAGUAUUUUUUCACUGUCAUUGUUUACUUUUAUCCUGAAAAUAAAAAGCAGAUGACUUUUC